UUAUUACUUUUUAAAUAUGCCGUUUUACCCGCAGCUUGCAGUCUCACAGCUCUUAUCUCUCCUGCCUCGCGACAUGGCGGACUCAAAAGAAACCAGCGGCGCCAUAGAAAAAGCUCCCAGCGAAAACCCUAAUUCCAACACUAGCAUCGACUCUACGGCUUCGACGGAUGGCGGAUCUAUCCCCGAGAUGGCACCCCGUGUGCCUAGUAGAACUCCCUUCACCAGCCUCAGCCAAGUCGACGCUGACCUUGCCCUCGCUCGGGCUCUUCAGGAGCAGGAACGGGCGUACAUGUUGCUGAGGAUGAACGGUGGUGAAGGCAGUGAUUAUGUGAGUUCGGAUGGCGGCAGCUAUGAGGACGAGGAAGAACAAUUGGAUGGGGACCCGGAGGAGACUUAUGAUGAACACGGUAGUGUGGAGGGUAGUGAUUAUGGGGAGGAUGCUUUCGAUGCUAAUGAGAGUGGCAUUAAUCCAGAAGAUUUUGACAACGACGAGGCAUAUGCAAGGGCCCUUCAAGAUGCCGAGGAACGUGAUGUUGCCGUUCGGUUGAUGGCUCUUGCCGGAUUAAAUGAUUGGGGUGUUGCAGCAAACGGGAAUCAUGAGGGCCACGAUCAGGAUGCAUGGAGAGAGGUUGAUCCUGAUGAGCUAUCAUAUGAGGAGCUUGUUGCAUUGGGUGAGGUUGUCGGAACUGAGAACAGAGGUCUUUCUAUGGAUACUAUAGCUUCCUUGCCGUCAGUGUGCUAUAAGGCUCGCAUUGGAGAGGAUUGCAAUAGCGAUCAGUGUGUCAUUUGUCGGUUGGACUUUGAGGAUGGUGAUUUAUUAGUUGUGCUUUCAUGCAAGCAUAAAUACCACACAGAGUGCAUAAACAAGUGGCUUCAAAUAAACAAGGUUUGCCCAGUUUGCAGUACAGAGGUAUCGACUUCGUGCGAGAGCCAGGGCCAAGUUGAGUGAAGAUGUCUUGCCUUUGUAUUCUGACGGUAGCUGUAGUAGAGCUACUUUGUUUUUUUUUUAAUUUUUAUUAGAAGUGUUGUAUUCUACACAAGGGACAAAACAAGCUUGCAUAUCUUAUCCAUUACUAUACUUGCCGGCCAUUUACUGUUGUUUUGUCCUCUACAUUCAUGCUUAGCUUAAUGAUAUAAGCUAUUUUCA